GAGGCAGAGAGGGCUAGCCACCAUGCACAGCAUCCACAGUCUCCUGGCGCUUCUGCUGCCGCCACUGCUACUGCUGGUGGCCACCACAGGCCCCACCGGAGCCCUGGAUGAUGAGGAGAGACUUGAGAUGGUCAAGCUGCACAACCUCUACCGUGCCCAGGUGUCCCCAUCGGCUGCCAACAUGCUGCAAAUGAGGUGGGAUGAGGAGCUGGCCGCCUUUGCCAAGGCCUACGCUCAGCAGUGCGUGUGGGGCCACAACAAGGAGCGCGGGCGGCGCGGUGAGAACCUGUUCGCCAUCACGGACGAGGGCAUGGACGUGCCGCGGGCGGUGGAAGAGUGGUACCUCGAGCAGGAGCACUACAACUUCAGCGCCGCCCACUGCGACCCGGGCCAGAUGUGCGGCCACUACACGCAGGUGGUCUGGGCCAAGACAGAGAAGAUUGGCUGUGGCUCCCACUUUUGUGAGAAGCUCCAGGGCGUUGAGGAGACCAAUAUCCAUUUGCUGGUUUGCAACUAUGAGCCCCCGGGGAACGUGAAGGGGCAGAGGCCCUACGAGGAGGGAACUCCGUGUUCCCAAUGUCCUUCCGACUACCGCUGCGAGAACUCCCUCUGCGAACCCAUCAGAGACUCAGAGGAGGCUGAAGAGUUGCCUCAAUCGGUAACUGAGACCCUACCUUCCCUGGCAGCUGAAGCCCCAGACUCCAAGAAAGGGCAUAUCUCUUCUUCCUUAGCAAAAGAAAGUCCAUCCUUGGUAACAGAGGUCUCAGGCACCCUGACAACAAAGGCUCUCCUUGCCAUAGAGACCAAAGCCCCAUCUUCCCUGGCAACAGAAAGCUCACCCUCCAUGGCAACUGAGGCUCCUCCCUUAACAAGUAAGGUCCCUUGGUCAUCAGAAACUCACAGCUUGUUCUCCUUGGAUAAGGGGAAGGCUACCUUCCCCAAGUCGACCAAUGAUCCCAUCCUCAAAUCGGCAGACAAAGAGUCCAGCACGACAACAAUGCCCUCCAGGAGCCCAGAGAGUUCUCUGCACCUCAAGGUGUCCCUCACCGAGACUCAAGAGUUGCUACCCCAUUCCCAGGGGGAGGGGGAGGCUGAGGCCAAGUUGCCUUCUUCCAGUGAGGUCUUGGCCUCAGUUUUUCCAGCCCAGGAUGAGCCAGGUGAGCUGCAGGCCACACUGGACCAUACGGGGCACACCUUCUCCAAGUCCCUGCUCAACCUCUCCAGUACCUCUGCUGCUGCUAAUGACAUGGGUGGACGAAUCCUGGCCCUGCAGUCCUUGCCAGGUGCAGAGGACCCUGAAAAGCCUGGAAUCCAUUCAGGGAUAAACUCGGGCCCUGGUCGCAUCUGGAGCCCUCUCCUGGGUCUGCUGCUACUGUCUUCCCUAGUGUUGGCUGGAAUCUUCUGAAGGGGUCACCACUCAAAGGCAAGGCCUGGUGGGGGGAUCCUGGCCUCAUGCUCACUCUGGAUUGUUUUUCUCUAAGUAAGAGACCCCGGCUUCCUGGACAAGGCCUGCUCUGUGGCCCAGCAGCCCCUUCACCCAGCUUCUGGCCAGAGCCAAUCCCUGGCACUGUCCCAGGAAAGCCUCUGCCUCUGGGGCGGCCCACCCCUCAGCUAGCUGCAGCCUGUUCUAAGCAGUGUUCCUGCGGCCAUGGUCCUGGUCUUAUAGGAACAGAAGAUCUCAGGGCUUCCCGGGAACUCCUCGGCCCCUACCAGCCCCCUGGCCUCUUCCUGGAGUCCUGUGCUGCUCCCAGGUGUACCUUCCUAGGGUAAGGAGGUCAGCUGUCCUCUGCCACCUCUUCCACCCUGUCUCCACACCCCCUAACAAGAUAUGCGUCUUGGCUGAAGACCCUCUGGAAGGGAAAAGCUACAGGGCAUGUGGCUCACCCAGACAUCUUGGCCUGGCUGGUAGUGAGCUCAGGCUGCCGCCCAAUAACUGCACAUCUGGCCUGGACCCCUCCUGCCCCUCCUAUGUCAGUCCAGGUGGGCAAGUGGCGAUUCUGGGGAGAUACCUGCUUGCUUGGCCUGGGACUAUCUACCUAUGCAAGGUAGAGGGUUCUCCCUGGGUACCUUCCUCUCCCUAGACUUGCUGUGUAGCCAGUGGGGCUGAGAGGCAGAUGGACAAGUCCCACCUGGUGGGGUGCUAUGGGUGGGAAGACAGAGACCAGGAAAGGGAAGCAGCUCCAACUCCUGAAUAAGAGUGUGAGGGGAGGGUGGCCCUGAAGAGGCUCUACGCUUCCCCUACUCACCUGUGGCACCUGCUCCUCCUCCUCUCUCACAUUCCCUCUAUCCCCAAAUAACUCCAUUUGGUUCUUUGGGGCACCCUUUCUUUCCUUCCUAUAACCACCCCCCCUCCAAAUCUUUAGGUUGCUGGCACAAAGGGGAAAGGCCAAAGGCAGGCAAGGGUGCUGGGUGACUCUCCCAGCCCCAGGAGUCACCACUGCGGCCAAGUUGGGUUCGGGGCCCAGAGUCAAGGAGUAGCAUGACAAUCUCUUCACAGGAGUGCAGUUACCCAGGCCCACCUGGUACACAAGGUCAGAAAUGUAGCUGUGGCCUGGCUUUGCCAACCCUUAGUUACUGGAGGAGUCCUGAGAAAGAUUCUGGGGCCCCCCUCCCCUUCCAACACCCAGGACUGGAGCACAGCAGGACUGGCCACAAGGGCCGUGGGGCAGAAAAGCACAACUGUGCGUGUGUGCAGGGACAGCAACAGCAGACAACUGAGGAUGACUUGGGGCCAAGCUGGGUUGGCAAGUGGCAGAGGAGUGGUUUCUAGGCCAGAGGCAGUGUCAGCAGUUAAACAGGAAGCAUUCAAGUCAGGCCAAGGCUGCGAGACUUCCAUGUAUGUAUAUAUAUGAUAUGAUAUAAUGUAACUCCAUUAAGAUAGAACUCAUAUGACAUUAAAUCCACCCAUUUAAAUUGUA